AUUCCCGCCAUCUUUGCGAUCGGUUUGUGGCAUCGCGUGUCGCAACAUAUACAUAAAUUAUACAGGGAUGUUAAGAGGAAUGGCUGCCACAAUCAGAAAAAUAGUAAGCACUUCCAAAGCUCCUGGAGCCAUUGGACCUUACAAGUAAGAUCAACAAAGUUAAAUACGAGGGAGUGUGCGUCGGGGUACAAAGACAGACGACACUGAUUAAAUGUGCAGACAAAAAUAAGUAAUUGAAAGUCUCGCUCACGUGCAUUGUUUCAAGUACUCGUUAAGUUUUCAUUUUAGACGGAAUUUGUAAGUUUAUUUUUUGGAAAACCUUUGCGAUCGGAGAGAGUCGCUCUCAGGAAGGAGAGACAAAAACGUUGCCCCUCUCCACCCUCGAUGGUCCAUGAAGCAACUCGGUUUAAGUUACUUCUCCUAAGAUUUACACAUGGCUACUCUAAGAAAGAUUGUCCAUACUUCGAAGGGAGUUCAGCCGAUUCGUGGUGUGUACAGGUAAAUAUUUCGAAGAAGAAGUUACGAGUAUGCCCGUAGCAUCGAGAGAAAUAGAGUUAGAGGGACGUGAAAGAUCGACCUAAACGCAUCAAAUUGAUACCCUGUUUCGGACCAAAAGGGGUCUUCAACAACACUCCUUGGAGCUGUGCAUGCCUACAUAGCCUAUGUGGAGGAGUUUCUCCCUCCCUUCCUGGGUGUCAAUCGUGAGAUGUGUAAUCAUGUGAGCUGAAACGAAGUCUCGAUCACAACCAGAACGACCUACAACAUUUUUUUGAGGCCUCACCUUGAGUAGUCUCAUUAGGCCUUGAACUCAUGACUUCCAACUUGCACAUCAGUUCUCUUGCCAACCAAGAGAACUGCUGUGAAAGUGGUAAGCUGGUAAUCUAAAUAGUGUUCUAAAAGAGACUCAUAUUGGCUCCUUCCUAUUUUGAACAGCCAAGCUGUAAUUGCAGACAAAACAAUGUAUGUGUCUGGACAGCUGGGACUAGACCCAAACGUGAGUGUAACCAUAAUUAAAUUAAGAUAAUUCGCAUCACGUGACAGCAUGAUGGGAGGCAUGUUUACCAAGUGAUUAGGACACAAGAUCAAGAGGUCCCAAUUGGAGUACUGGCUCCUUUUUCGUGCUUUAUUCUUGGAAAAUAUAUUCCUAUGCUUGGGAAAUCCCUCAAAAUUCAAUGAGAUUACCUAAGAUGAAUAAGGAGCCUCUUCCCCCCCAAAGUGGGAGUAGAGAUACUCCUGGUCUCUUCAUGCCACAAAAAACUGGGGAUAAACACCAGAAGUUAUGGACUCUAUAGCCACUUGACCUGAUUCCCCAUCCUCCUCCUCCUCCCCCCCUCCUCCACCUCCUUACAAAGACAAAGGGCAGAGUUCUUGCAACCUUGGCAUCAGUGGGGGAUGAUGUUGGUAGUUCAGAUUGUAUAUAGAAUUAGUCUGUCAGUGGCAUCAGCUUGCUGAACCAGGGUAGCACUUUGAAUACCCAUUAUCUUCGACUUCAAGGUGUUAGUCUCAGACUGACAGAAGUCAUUUCCAUAACCCCCUUCAAGCUCAAAUUUGAACUGACCACUGUAAAGACACUGUACUCACUCUGAUGAUAACAAACAGAGAUACUUUUUGUUUAAAAAUAUGAAUCCCAGAAGGGUUAAAAAGAAAUGUGUACUACACCCUUGAACAGGUACUUGUAACUACUUUACCAUUCAAUUUGAUAUAAACAUUGUCAUAUUAUUUUUAUAUUUUGUCUUUUUGUCAUCUGGAAAGACUAUGGAUUUUGUAUCAGAUGAUGUCACAGAGCAAACUAAGCAGGUAUUUUGAACAAAAGUAUGUUUAAUACAAAGCACACCACACUUCCUAUGAAGAGAAUUCCAGUUCUAUCUCAUCUUCUGUCCUUAUUGACAAUAUUGUCUCCUGAGACCUACUUUUAUCAACCCUUUAAGUCCCACUAGUGACCAAGAUAGAAUUUCUCCUUACACUAUCUGCUCAAUAUCAAGCAGACAAGUGAUGAGAAUAAAGAAAAAUAUCAAUUGAGGGAUUAUUUGUUGAUCCAAUUCCAAAUUCUCCAAACUAACAUCAUAUGAAUUGUAUGACAGACAGUAAUGAGAAUUACUAAUGAGAUCUUGGGAGUUAAAGGGUUAAUUAAUUUCUAUGCUGUUUAUAUGAAGGCACUGACCAACAUGGGCCAUAUUCUGGAGGCAGGAGGCUCAUCAUUUGACAAAGGUAUGUAACUUGGUCAUGGGAGGGUUCAAGCCCCAGACCAGACCAACACUCGGGUCUAAAAAAUAACUGAGGAGAAUGUGUCACCUUUGCUAUGACAUCUGUAAGUGGUUAGACUUGCUGGUCUUCUCAGCUAAGGGUAAUUAACUAUAAGCCCCAUCUCCUACAUCUCCUCUGUACUGGUUGGCAAGGGAGGUUAAUGAACUCACGCACUUCUUGCAAAGAACAAGGAAUACAGCUUCUGGUGUUGUGGUCUGGCCUUGUUAUUAUUAAUUAAUUUUAAAGAUUACCCAGUAGUAGUUACUAUAUAGAAAGAGGUGGGGUGACAGAGGAAGAAGAAGAAGAACUUCUUAUACUCUUCAUUUUAUAAGUAUUAUAAUUUAAAGUUUGCUGUCCAAAUAAAAAGAAUGGCUUCAAAAGAUUGCGAGCAGCAAGCGAUAUUUUUACUUUUGAGUAAUGAUAUCUAUAUCAAGUUAGAAGCACUUGCACCAAUUCUUGUAGAUUAUUUUGUGAGCUUUUGAUUUAAGAAUGUAAGGGAAAUCAUCAGAUCUUGACUGUCAACUUUUAGCAAACUAAUCAUGGCAUGUUUCUAAUAUGUGAGCAAAAUUUACAUUUUAGUUGUGAAGACCACCGUUCUAUUGGCGGACAUUGGAGACUUUGCCAAAGUGAAUGAGGUUUAUGCCACCUGUGAGUUUACUGUCAUUGAUGUGAUUUUCAAUGUAACGGUUGUUAACCCUUUAACUCCCAAGAUCUGAUUGUUAAUUCUCCCUACUAGCUUCUAGAAGUUUCCCUAUAACUGAGUUACCAGAAUUUGGUGUUAGUUCAAGAUCACUACUCCUACCUGAUAAGUUUUAGUAUUCUCAUCACAUUUUUUCUGAAUACUGUUUGGAUUUUGUAGGGAGAAGUUACAUGUUAAUCACUUCUGGGCGUUAAAGGUUUAAAUGGUUUUUGUCUAUAUAGUGGGAUUCAUGGUGAUCAACUGGAUAGCUUAGUAGAGUCAGGAUUGAAGGGUCUGGGAACGAGUCCUGGCCAGAGUUUCCAUUGUGUUCAGUGGUAAGACUCAUCACUCCAUGACUCUCCUCAGCCAGAGUUCAAACAGGGUUGCCUGCGAUAAUGAGGGUAACCUAAUGAGAUUGAUUAGUUGAUCCAGUAUCAAAUUCUCCAAACUAACUUCACUAUAAUUGUAUGGCAGACAACGAGGAAAAUUACUAAUGAGAUCUUGUGAGUGAAAGUAUUAAGGGUUGCACUGUACUCUGAUUGGCUUUUAGUGAAGGAAAGCAUUCCAUAUUGUUUAUUCUUCACAGUUUUCACUUCAAAACAGCCAGCCAGGGCAGCCUAUCAAGUAGGAAAUCUUCCCAAGGUAAUAAACAUUUCAUCCAUCAGAAAAUUUACCUUUUUUUCCUUUUUCUGUCAAGGGUAGUAGAGGGGAAGGCUAUCAGGGUACACCUUGCCCCUCUCUGUCUAGAAAAAGUGAUACUUUUCACAAAAGGUGUUUCAAUUAAAUGCCUUGAAAUCAAAAACCAAAGUACAAGGUACAUAACACAAGGAGCUAAUGAAAACUCAAAGUGAAAAAAAACCAAGCUGGGUAACGCGCGUGAAAACGCGAGUGAAAAUACGCGGGGAAACGUGAGUGACCAUAUCACGAUAUAAGCUGAUGUUAUAAGGUUCUGGUCGCGAUUGGUGUAUCUUUUGUAUCUGAUUAGCUAAGAGGGUGGCGUGGGUUUUCUAAACCUACACAGAGUGACCUACAGUCCUGGUUUACUUUCGAUGCUCGAUUAAAAACUCUCUGUAGCAGAAAAAACCCUGGCGUGCCCCCAAACGGUAUUAAGACGUUGGUUUGGUAUCCACAUCCUGGAAAAUACUGCAUAGGUCCCAGAUCAUAAUUCGCGCGACUCCCAAGGUAAAGAUACACUGAAAUAAGGAAUUUUUAUAUAUUUCUUUUCAGUAUGGAAAAGUUGAGAUAGAAGCAGUUGCGAUUGUGGGUGAGGUAAAGGAUGAGUAGGCAUUGAUGUGAUACUACGAUAAAGACACAAACUAAUCCAAACUAUAAAGAAAGAUUAGAAUCUUCUGUGAGUUUAAAAAGAGAGAAGUGUAAACUCGCUUAAACUUUGUAACGGGUAGGGAAUGAUGAAUGCUCCAAACGAAGUCACUAGUGUGAAAUAAAUGUUUUUGCCUUUUC